AUGACUUAAAACAAUAAAUAUUUCGACGACCUAUAAUAAUUUUUAAACUCUUCACUUUAAUCUCAUUAGGUUCUCUAUAUUAAUCAAUAUUACAAUUAAAUUGGUACAAUAGGGGCAUUAGGAUUAAGUUCUGCUUUAGCAAAGUGCACUAAUCUCUCAAAUUUGACUCUUAACCUUUGUGUAAAUUAAAUUACUGAUGAAGGUUUAUUAGGCUUAAGUUCUGCUUUAGCAAACUGUAUUAAUCUCUCAAAUUUGACACUCCAUCUUAGUUACAAUUAAAUAAGUGAUCAAGGAGUAUUAGGCUUAGGCUCUGCUUUAGCUAAAUGCGCUAAUCUCUCAAAUUUAACUGUUAAUUUUGGUGGAAAUUAAAUUAGUGGAAUUGGUACAUCAGGAUUAGUAGGUUCUAUUUUAGCAAAUUGUAUUAAUCUCUCAAAUUUGACUCUUCAACUUAGUUAUAAUUAAGUUGGUGAUGAAGAUACUUCAGAUUUAAGUUCUGCUUUAGCAAAAUGUACUAAUAUCUUUAGUUUGACACUUGAGUUUGGUGGAAAUUAAAUUGGUGAUAAAUACACAUCAUGUUUAGGCUCUGCUAUUGCAAACUGUACUAAUCUCUCCAAUUUGAAACUUAAUCUUUGUGUAAAUAAAAUUGGUGCAAUCGGAGCUUCAGCCUUAGGUUCUGCUUUAGCUAACUGUAUUAAUCUCUCAAAUUUGAUUCUUCAUCUUAAUGGAAAUUAAAUUGACGCAAUUGGUGCAUCAAACUUAGCUUCUGCUUUAGUAAAUUUCACUAAUCUCUCAAAUUUGACACUUGAUCUUAGUGAAAAUUAAAUUGGUGACGAAGCUGCAUAAGGCUUAGCUUCUGCUUUAGUAAACUAUCCUUAUCUCUCAAAUUUGACACUUGAUCUUAGUGGAAAUUAAAUUAGUACAAUUGGUGAAUCUGUCUUAGGUUUUGCUUUUUCUAAAUGCACUAUCCUCUAAAAUUUGGCACUUGAUCUUAGUUUUAAUGAAUUAAUUGAACCAGAAGCAUUGAAAGGAAACAGCCAUUAUCUUAAAUCAAAAAGAUUAGUUGCCUUUAAAUUAUAUUUUUGA